UUCAUGUAGUGUUUAUAAACUAAGCAAUAUAAUCGACGGCGAAAACAUAAUUGAGAAGUGUUGCAGAUAUGAUUAAUUUAACUUUCAAUACAACUAACGCUGCUGUAUCUGCUGUGCCUGAAGAAAUUUAUUUGUUUUUAGGUUUAUAUUUAUCUUUUGUUUGUUUUAUUGGUGUUACUGCAAACGGACUUUCGCUCGUCGUCUUUUCUCGAUUUCGUCAUCUUCGAACUCCAACGAAUACAUUCAUUAUUGCAUUGCUCAUUAACGAUAUAAUUAUGUGUAUAGUUGGUAUACCUUUAUCAGCAAUAGCGAAUUUUCAAGGAUAUUUCUUAUGGGGUUUCUCCGUUUGCGUAUUUCAAGGCUUUAUAAUGUAUUUCGGUAGUAUCAGCAGCAUGUAUAUUCUCACUGCGAUUUCUGUAAAUAGAUAUAUAGUCAUUGUUAUCAAAAGACCUUUGUCACGGAAAAAAGUAAAAUAUAUGCAAAGUAUUAUAGCAUUAGUAUUUUGUUAUCUUUUUGGCUUGUUUUGGAGUGGUAUACCGUUCUCGGGAUGGACAAGUUAUGAAUACGAAGCAAUAGGAACAACGUGCUCAGUUGCAUUUAACAGUGCGGACUAUCUGAUUCUAAGCUACAAUAUCUCAAUAUUCAUCUUUUGUUACUUGUUGCCAGUUUUAACAAUGAUAUAUUGCUAUAUCAACAUAGUUCGAAUGAUUCGAAGGACGAAACCCCAGUUGUUGAGAAAUCAGAAAGUAAUGAAGAGAUGGGUGACAAUGGAAAAACGCCUCGUUAGAACUAUACUGCUGAUGAUAUGUGCGUUUCUUAUAUCAUGGACACCAUACGCUGUUGUAGCGUUUUGGAGAGCAUUCGGUCUAGGUGACCUUCCUGUUAUAGCCAGUGGAAUACCAGCAAUUAUUGCUAAGAUGUCAUCCGCUUUGAAUCCUUUUAUUUACACUUUCAACAAUAAAGAAUUCAAGAGUGCCUUGUUUGAACUGAUCCCAUGUAGACUUAAACGUUCCAAACGCACAUUACCAGAUGCAGGUGUAGAUAAGGAAAAUAAUAUGGAACAAGGCCAACAUUUGUUAUCGCAGACAAUAGGGGUAGCAACAAUUAAGACAGAACCAAUUUGAUAUAGACAUAUUCCUGAACGUUCGAUCAUAAAGGUGGGUACUGAUGAUAUGAUGAUCAGUCUAUUUGUGAGAUCUAAUGACAGAUGAUUUUGAUUGGAGUGAACUCUAAUCAGCUAUAGUUUUUCGAGGCAUUCAACAUACACAAUAUGUCAUAACAUGUGUGUGUGUAAAG